AGUACAUAAAUAGAGUCAGUAGGGGUUAGGAACCUGGGAGAUGUGUUGGAGACAAAACAGAGUUACCACCUUCAAAAAAGUAGAUAGUAAAGCAGAGACUAAUUAGCCACAUAGCUUAAGAAGUAGACUUUGGAGUGAGAUUUCUUGGGCUUGAAUCCUGUUUCUAUCACUUAUCAGCUGUGUGGCUUUUGACAAUUUACAUAACCUCUCUGCUUUGAGUUUCCUCAAUGGGCUUCAUACAGGAAAUCUAUUGCUGUGUCAAGUUCCAGAGAAAAGCUUCUGUUCGUCCAAGUUACUAAUCAGGCUAAACCACAUAGACGUGAAGGAAGGGGCUAGAAGGAAGGGAGUGCCCCACUGUUGAUGGGGUAAGAGGAUCCUGUACCGAGAAGUUGACCAGAGAGGGUCUCACCAUGCGCACAGUUCCUUCUGUACCUGUGUGGAGGAAAAGUACUGAGUGAAGGGCAGAAAAAGAGAAAACAGAAAUGCUCUGCCCUUGGAGAACUGCUAACCUAGGGCUACUGUUGAUUUUGACUAUCUUCUUAGUGGCUGAAGCGGAGGGUGCUGCUCAACCAAACAACUCAUUAAUGCUGCAAACUAGCAAGGAGAAUCAUGCUUUAGCUUCAAGCAGUUUAUGUAUGGAUGAAGAACAGAUUACACAGAACUACUCGAAAGUACUCGCAGAAGUUAACACUUCAUGGCCUGUAAAGAUGGCUACAAAUGCUGUGCUUUGUUGCCCUCCUAUCGCAUUAAGAAAUUUGAUCAUAAUAACAUGGGAAAUAAUCCUGAGAGGCCAGCCUUCCUGCACAAAAGCCUACAGGAAAGAAACAAAUGAGACCAAGGAAACCAACUGUACUGAUGAGAGAAUAACCUGGGUCUCCAGACCUGAUCAGAAUUCGGACCUUCAGAUUCGUCCAGUGGCCAUCACUCAUGAUGGGUAUUACAGAUGCAUAAUGGUAACACCUGAUGGGAAUUUCCAUCGUGGAUAUCACCUCCAAGUGUUAGUUACACCUGAAGUGACCCUGUUUCAAAACAGGAAUAGAACUGCAGUAUGCAAGGCAGUUACAGGGAAGCCAGCUGCGCAGAUCUCCUGGAUCCCAGAGGGCGAUUGUGCCAGUAAGCAAGAAUACUGGAGCAAUGGCACAGUGACUGUUAAGAGUACAUGCCACUGGGAGGUCCACAAUGUGUCUACCGUGACCUGCCACGUCUCCCAUUUGACUGGCAACAAGAGUCUGUACAUAGAGCUACUUCCUGUUCCAGGUGCCAAAAAAUCAGCAAAAUUAUAUAUUCCAUAUAUCAUCCUUACUAUUAUUAUUUUGACCAUCGUGGGAUUCAUUUGGUUAUUGAAAGUCAAUGGCUGCAGAAAAUAUAAAUUGAAUAAAACAGAAUCUACUCCAGUUGUUGAGGAGGAUGAAAUGCAGCCCUAUGCCAGCUACACAGAGAAGAACAAUCCUCUCUAUGAUACUACAAACAAGGUGAAGUCGUCUCAGGCAUUACAAAGUGAAGUUGACACAGACCUCCAUACUUUAUAAGUUGUUGGACUCUAGUACCAAGAAACAACAACAAACGAGAUACAUUAUAAUUACUGUCUGAUUUUCUUACAGUUCUAGAAUGAAGACUUAUAUUGAAAUUAGGUUUUCCAAGGUUCUUAGAAGACAUUUUAAUGGAUUCUCAUUCAUACCCUUGUAUAAUUGGAAUUUUUGAUUCUUAGCUGCUACCAGCUAGUUCUCUGAAGAACUGAUGUUAUUACAAAGAAAAUACAUGCCAAUGACCAAAUAUUCAAAUUGUGCAGGACAGUAAAUAAUGAAAACCAAAUUUCCUCAAGAAAUAACUGAAGAAGGAGCAAUUGUGAACAGUUUCUUGUGUAUCCUUUCAGAAUAUUUUAAUGUACAUAUGACAUGUGUAUAUGCCUAUGGUAUAUGUGUCAAUUUAUAUGUCCCCUUACAUAUACAUGCACAUAUCUUUGUCAAGGCACCAGUGGGAACAAUACACUGCAUUACUGUUCUAUACAUAUGAAAACCUAAUAAUAUAAGUCUUAGAGAUCAUUUUAUAUCAUGACAAGUAGAGCUACCUCAUUCUUUUUAAUGGCUAUAUAAAAUUCCAUUGUAUAGUUAUAUCAUUAUUUAAUUAAAAACAACCCUAAUGAUGGAUAUUUAGAUUCUUUUAAGUUUUGUUUAUUUCUUUUAAGUUUUGUUUGUGGUAUAAACAAUACCACAUAGAAUGUUUCUUGUGCAUAUAUCUCUUUGUUUUUGUUUGAGUAUAUCUGUAGGAUAACUUUCUUGAGUGGAAUUGUCAGGUCAAAGGGUUUGUGCAUUUUACUAUUGAUAUAUAUGUUAAAUUGUGUCAAAUAUAUAUGUCAAAUUCCCUCCAACAUUGUUUAAAUGUGCCUUUCCCUAAAUUUCUAUUUUAAUAACUGUACGAUUCCUGCUUCUACAGUUGCCACUUUCUCUUUUUAAUCAACCAGAUUAAAUAUGAUGUGAGAUUAUAAUAAGAAUUAUACUAUUUAAUAAAAAUGGAUUUAUAUUUUUGGUCAUGUUUGUAAGAGAGUAAUGCACCUGUGAGAACAUUAGCUUAUUCUGAACUCAUUAUAUCUCCACAGAGGUGUUGAUACUUGAUGCCUAACAGUUUUGCAGAUGUGCUACAUUGGAACUGUGUAUUUUUAUGGUGUACAUUCUAUUGUGAUAUAUUUAUUGAAUAAUUAAUGUCUAUUGACCAUAUAAGUGGCGAAAAAUGCACCAUAGAGGACAUGGGGUAUUUAUUUACAAACUAUGAGCUACAUGAUAAGCAAGUGGCCAUGGGAUGACAUGACCCUCCCCUCCAUAUUUUUGUGGAGCAAAAUAUUGGCAAUGUUUAUGUGAAUCAUUGUUAAUAUCAUGAAAUUAUUUUUAAUUAAAAACAUAAGUCUAUUUUCUCCAUAGCAGAAAAAACAUGAAAAGUUUUUUCAUCAUGAUAGAAAUUGAAACAAAAUAUAUCCAUUCUUCAAUCAUACCAUCUGAGAUUUUUAAGACAGCUAUUUUGUCUUAUAAGUAUAUUUUUCUCCCUCUAGACAUUUCAGUUACUAUGGAUUUUGUCCUCAAAGGGACUUUUAGUCUAUUUUGGAUGUAAAGCUAAUCUAAUGACACUUGGCACAUGAUAUUUUGAUCAAGCCAUUUUGACUUGACCAAAAAGCAGUGUCCCUUAGGUUUCUGCAUAUAAAUAUUACCAAGCAAUGUUCACAAUAGACAUCAUUACACUGUCCUUGAAAUUUAUUAAUUCUUCAUCCAACCCUGGUUGAGCUGAGGCUCAUAGUUAGGUUCAAGACUAUCUGUUUAAAUAUUACUGAAAAACAAAGUAAGACAGUAUUAUGCUUACCUCUUAACUUGAUAAUGUCAAAACAGGCAUGUUAAAUGACAUCAUAGAAAAGACUUCAAGAUAAUUUAUAGAAGUUAAAUUAUAUUGUACAGAAAAUAAUUGUAUGAAAAUCUCUACUAUGGGGCUGGAACAUGGUUGAACAUUAGAAUGAUAUAAAAAAUUAUAUAUAUUCUCCAAAUCCACGCUAGACCUGUCAAAUUAGAGAAUCUAGAGAUUAGACCUGGUGUGUCAGCAAGGUCAUCCAGGAAGCAGAGGCUGAGACGGAGUUAGGUGUGAUUACUUACAUAGUCGAUUACAUUUUACAAAUAACAUUUUAUAUGUCUCAUUUACUGUGCUUUCUCCCCAUCCCAUUUUGUAUCUUUUCCUUUGCUUUGCUAGAUUUGUCAAUUUUCUCUCUCUUUCUCUGUCUCUCUCUCUUUCAAUAUCUCUAAUAAUUUGAAAGUAAUUCAUCAUAACUAAACAUCUAUUGGGGUUAUGCUUCACUUACAAACUUCUGAAAACGGCUUUACUGAGAUAUAAUUGAUAUAUUUAAGUGUACAGUUUGUUAAAUUUUGCACAUAUUUAAAAUGUGGACUUUGGUAAAUGUUGACAUAGUUUUACAUCUGUGAAACCAUCAGCAUAAUCAAGAUAAUAAACUUGUCCAUCACCCCCCAAAA